AAAAGGAGUCCAGUGUAAAGACAUUUGCUGGCAACUGACUUGUAACAGCCUACUGUGCGUUUCUUGUGUUUCUCGGCGCUGCAGAAGCUUGUCAUUCUUUAUGAAUUACACCCAAAGCACGAGGCGUCUCUUUACAUUUAGUUGUAUUAGCUGUGUUGAGAGGACGAUGCCUUUGAGGACCGGACUUUUUCUCCUGAUGGUGCUGAACGCAUCUGCAAAUGAACUGGAUCAAAACGAGUCUUAUUCGCCCAGGAGAACACGCUUUUCUACCAACAGCCCUUCAGAUGUGGCACGCUGUCUCAACAGUGCCCUCCAAGUUGGCUGCGGAGCCUUCGCCUGCCUGGAAAACUCAACUUGUGACACAGAUGGCAUGCAUGACAUCUGCAAAUCCUUCCUUUACAGUGCUGCUAAAUUUGACACUCAGGGUAAAGCAUUUGUGAAGGAGAGCCUUAAGUGCAUUGCCAAUGGCAUCACCACGAAGGCAUUCCCCACCAUUCGCCGCUGUUCCACCUUCCAAAGAAUGAUAUCUGAAGUCCAAGAGGAGUGUUACAGCAAGCUGGAUAUCUGCACUGUUGCCCGAUCGAAUCCAGAUGCUAUUGGCGAAGUGGCACAGCUACCGAGUCACUUCCCCAAUAGGUUUUAUGGUAAGCUGCUACAGAGCCUGAUGGACUGCGAUGAGGACACAGUGGACCGCGUCAGGACCAGCAUGGUGUCGCGGCUCGGCCCAGAGAUGACCAUGCUUAUUCAGCUGCUGCAGAACAAGCCCUGCCCGUCCACUGCUGUGGCUGCAGCUGCCGCCAUCCCGACUGGAGUGGAGGGCCGUGGGAGCUGGCGCUGGUCCAUGGGUCCCCAUAUGUACAAGAUCCAGCCUAAUCUGCGAAACAGAGACUCUGCCAGCCAUUUUGGCAAAAAGCGCUCUGCCAGUGACAGCUCCUAACUUCCACACAGAUUCAGAAACUCCACAAAAAACCAUCAUGAAAGCUCCUCUGUUCCCUAGGGGUGGUAAAACUCCGCUAGACUGGAAGUCACAGAAACAUGCACCUCUAGGGAAUGCGGUGAGAGUAGAUAUCAGAGUUUGAUUGUUGUUAUGUUGUAUAUCCUACACUUUAGGCUUGAGAGAACCCCCCUUCCAUCGAGUCCACUCACAGUUAGUGUCGAACAUGUGGCUGUUGCAUCUGUGCGACGAGGCGUUCCUGUUCACUCUUCUUCACCUCCUCCAACAGAGAUGAAGCCUUGAGAAGUCGUUUGAAGCCAAGCAUAAAACGGAAAGAAAAAAAAAACAGCCAUACUGGUUAACGCCUCGAGAGCACAAGUCUGUACUUUUAAAAAGACAAAAACACAAUCUCAUAACCCCAACAUUUGUUCAUGAAUAGAAACCAGUAGUCGGAUUAUUACUAGUUCACCGAUAGGAAUGGGAAAUUAUUGGUAGAUGUAGUUAACAUUUCAGCGAUGAGACCUGUCAAAUUGUGAGCAUGAGAUGUGGAAAUGAGUUUCAUAUCUAUUUCCUGACUAACAUAACAGUUAAAUUUACUGUACACUAAGUUAUCUGAGACAGCCAUAGCUCGCCCUCUAAAAGAGGUCCAAGGGGUUUCGUGAUAACCUUUGAGAGGUUACCUUAAACUGACCAAAAAAACUUCAAACUGCCCUGAAUGCUAUUCAUGAAAUACCCAAAUAGUGUAUAGCUAUAGAGCACUUAUUAGGGGUGUCACGAUUUUCAUUUUAAAAUAGAGAUUAGAGAGUUUUAGAUUUCCACUAUCGAAAUCAGAAGCAGGAGCAGCGAUUUCACCAGUAAUUUGACUUGCGCAAGUGCGAAUAAAAAACAAAACAGACACAGUGUAGCUUACCGGCUGGUAGCUUGCAGCUAAAGACACAGGGCAACGUUAGCUUACCGGUAGCCUGCAGCUGCUAUUUUCCAGACACCAUGGCCACUGCCGGAGAUAACAGAGAAAAAAAAUCAGAACCUGCUGUCCUGAAGUCACCGUGUGGAAACAUUUUGUCUUCCCUGUGAGUGAGUUAGGGAAACAAACAACGAAUGUAAAGCAUGUGGGCUCCGACGGGACUUCCAACACAAUCUCACUCCCAGCACGUCCAAAACUGUAGCUUAGUCAGGGGCCUUUGUCGUUUGUUACUGGAGCAAAAAGUCGACUUUAGUGUCUCAGUCAGACGCAGGGGGCUUUCAACUAAUCAACUAACUCAAAAAAAAUGAAACCCAACCCAUCCGCGGCGAUAUUCAACGCUCUGGGUACCCAUUUGGUGUCAUUGUUCAGCAUGCAUGGUAAAAACACUUAGAUACGGUUAGGGAAAGAUCGUGGGUCAGAUUACAAAAUGCACGUUUAAGUGACACGUGGGACAAGAACAGGACACGAAUCCCGGUCUCCUGGGUGAAAGUCCUGUGUUGUUUGACACAUCCACCACCCCAACUUGCCUUCUUACGCUUUCAGUCCUUAAUACCACUCCCUACCAAUGUUGCUCUUGUCGUCAUCUUACGGCGCGACGGUCGAGCUGCUGCUCUGCCCGGUGCGUCCCGUACAGACGCUAAAGGGUGCCUUGUGCGUCGGUAUCUGACGCUGAGAACCACUGACCAGGCAUCAUGGUUUGACGCUUGGUAAACUAAAAGGUGCUUUCAAUUGCACUAAUUUUGGAAAAACUCAAACUGUUGUUGUAAAGUACCCUUCUGCCAUCUAGUGGUUCACGUAUAGUCCUCUUUAAACGAACCAAACUCGGUCUAAAGUGGUUAAAAAAGUCGACCAACAGAAAAGAGACUCAGUCCUUUUUGCGUUCACAUUGUCAGCUUACUUGAAAGAGGAGUCACUUCUCUUUCCGAUGGGGCCUCAGGGCUAAAAUACAUACAGGACAAAAGGCAAAACAAACCUGAAACGUGUCGUGUUCACAAUGCACAGGUCAAGAAAAACGCAAUGCGGACUUGAAGCGAACCGUACUCAGACCACCUCCAGAAGAGGUCUGAGUACGGUUUGUUCCAGAGGGGUCUCAGUCCCUUUGGAGUGUUCACAUAUGUACAUAUCGAUGAAAAACUAACCAUUGGUUCCAAAAGGGGUCCAAGUCCCUUUGGAGUGUUAACAUAUACGCAAACAAAAUGCUGACUAAUGUCUUGAGUUCCUUUGAAGGGCUGAAACGGACCAAGUGUAAAAAAAAUUGUGGCUUUUCCUUCAAUGUUUUAAAUUGAAAAUCGAAUUCAAUCGUGACCUUAAAACGGAAAGUAAAAUGGAAUCAUGGAUUUGGAGAAUCGUGACACCCCUAACUAGCACUUCUACUUGUUUGUUUUCUGAUGGCAGAUGUAGCCAUGGUCGUGUGCUUUUAAACCAUCAUCCUGCACAUAAGGAUUGUCCAGGUCAUGGCCAAGUCUAAACCAUCAGAAAAAAAAAAAGUCAAUUUUGCAUAUCUUGUAUCCAGACACUUGUAAUGCAUACGACUGUUGAAGCUCUACGGUUUAUGUGGGACCAUGUUUAGUGGAAUCUGUAUCCUGUAUCCGUUCUUAUUAACUGAGCGUGAAGCAGUAGUGUAUGUGCAGUAGCUGAUUAGCACGUUCACCGGUGAGACUGAGAGGCAGCCAUCUUCUUGGACUGAUGAUCGUCUUUCUCUGCGGUGAAUAACGUGACAUACACACUGGCUUCCAGUGUCGAGAUUGAGAGUGACUAUUUAAAAAAAAAAAAAAUAUGCCUUGUUGUAAUGAUAUUUAUUUUCCUACAAUAUUAUUUAAUGUUUUUUUUUUAUUUUAAAAUUGCAUUAUUGUAGUUUUAAUUAGUUGAUAGAUUUUAAAAAGCAGUUCAGUCAGGGCUCCUAUUUGAACCUAUAUGAGCUCUACGCCAAAAAAAAAAAAAAAAAAAAAAAAAAAGAAGUGAGCCGGCACUCUGGUGACUGAAUGGGACCCGUGUCAUGACUCUGUGCUGGCCAUAGGGGAACAAUGUUGGUCAUUCACGCCCGGGGGAUGUACUUUAUGGGUGUUACAAGGGACCACAACAAAAACGAUAGCUUCAUUUUGACACACUUUCUGGUUGAAAUAAAGGUUGUCAUUGCAGCUGCUAGAUGCGCUUGUUCAGUGCUAGG